AUGGCUGACACCGAGAAAACCACCUCCCGGCCUCCAUCCCCCUUGCACCGCGAUGACAAAGUAGUCCCCCCGCAAACAAAUGCUUCCUCAGACUCCUCCAACGACGAAGGCAUCUAUGUCGUUGACUGGGAGGGACCAACGGACCCUGCCAACCCCAAAAACUGGCCUGUCCGGAAGAAGUGGGCCAUCACGGUCGUUGUCUCCGCCUACACCCUCCUCAGCCCACUGUCGUCCGCGAUGAUGGCGCCUGCAGGCGACAUCAUCGCCGCCCAGUUCGGGGUGACGAAUUCGUCAGUGUCGGCGCUGCUCACAUCGAUCUUCGUGCUUGGAUACGUGUUUGGACCGUUGUUGCUGGGACCGUUGAGCGAGGUAUAUGGACGUGCUCGGGUGCUACAAGCUGCGAACUUCUGGUAUCUAGCAUGGAACUUCGGGUGCGCGUUCGCCCAGAACAUUGGAGAGAUGCUUGUCUUCCGUCUUCUGGCGGGGUUGGGUGGUAGCGGUACUCUUACGAUCGGCGGUGGAGUCCUUGGUGACGUCUGGACGGCGGAGCAGCGAGGUCAAGCCGUUUCCCUCUACUCUCUCAUGCCUAUCCUUGGACCCGUCAUUGGACCCCUGUGCGGAGCGUGGAUUGCUCAGCUGGGAGACUGGCGCUGGGUGUUCUGGGCUCCCACCAUCUUUAGUGUCGCCGUGCAGUUAGUGGGUUUAUGGUUUCUCAAAGAAAGCGACUCUGAUUGUCCAUCAGCGUACGCGCCGGUUCUUCUGGAGAGGAAGGCGGCCGCCAUAAGGAAGAAGAACGACCUCGAGGGCGGAUGCCACAAGGAGAUCAAGACUACCUACUACGAUCCUCACAAAAGUUGGAAAACGUUCGUAAACAAGUCACUCUUUCGACCGUUUGCCAUGUUCUUCCGAGAGCCAAUCAUUCAAGUGAUGGCUGCAUACAUGUCGCUGCUGUACGGGACGCUGUACUUGUAUCUCACGACUAUCCCGUCCAUCUUUCAAGGUCUUUACCGGCAGCCUAUCGGAAUCUCCGGCCUGCACUACAUCGCCUUUGGAAUCGGCCUUGCUGUUGCCGCUCAGGUCAACGCGCGCGCUAUUGACCGAGUCUACAAGUAUCUCUGCCAGCGCAACGACGGCGUCGGAAAACCCGAGUUCCGACUUCCAUGCAUGGUUCCCGGGACAUUCCUCCUUCCCAUCGGGCUGCUCAUCACUGGCUGGACUUCCCGCUCCGACAUCCCCUGGAUCGCGCCUGACAUCGGCAUCGCGCUCGUCGGAGCGGGCAUGGUUCUCAACUUACAGACGAUCCAGACAUACCUCAUCGACGCGUUCACGCUGUAUGCGGCUUCCGCGCUCGCCGCGGCGACCUUCUUCCGCUCUCUGGCCGGGUUCGGCUUCCCGCUGUUCGCGCCGGCCAUGUUCAGCUCUCUCGGGUACGGGAAGGGAGACACCGUUCUUGCCGCCGUGGCGAUCGUGGUUGGAAUCCUCCGUGCUCCGUUUCUCUUCUGGAAAUACGGCGAGCGGCUGCGGAACGCCAGCCGCUAUGCCAAACGCUAG